CACAAUAAAAUCUUCACAUAGCUAAGACUUUUAUUGUGAAGGUCACGCUUUCUGCCAUCUCAACCCGGAAGUGAUUCAUCCCGACGCCAGAGAAGUUCUGUUUCUUGAAACUUGAACCAGUGUAAAAACGUCUCUGUGGGAAAAGAGCAAAAUAAAAUAAUCUCCACUAAUUUUAUUCACAUUUGUGCUGCUCGCUUGUCUUCACUCGCACUACUUUUUACUCGUUUAGAAUGAUAAACGCGGAUGAAGUCGCCCGGUUGUGUUACGAUCAUUUCAGCCGGUUGCCCCGGCGAGGGAAGCCCGAGCCGGGCAGAGAGUGGACCCUGCUGGCCGCUGUGCUCAAAAUCACCCGCUGUGCGAACUCUGACUCAGUUGAGAAGGAGGUUGUUUCCAUGGGAACGGGGACCAAAUGUAUUGGACAAGCAUCUAUGAGUCCUAAUGGUGAUAUUCUUAAUGACAGUCAUGCAGAGGUCAUCGCCAGAAGGGGCUGUAUCAGGUAUCUGAUCCAUGAGCUGCAGAGAGCCGUUUGCGGUCAGAGCAACUCCGUGUUCUGUUCAGCUGGUCAGCAAGGAAAAUGGAGGCUACAGCCAGGAGUUUCCUUCCUCCUCUUCACCAGUCACACUCCCUGUGGCGAUGCCUCCAUCAUUCCGAUGACUGACAGCCAGUCUAAGCCCCGCCCUCCUGUCACAUCUGUAAGCAGCAGUGAGGGCAGUGAUGGAGGCAGGAACAUGAAAAGGAAAGCAGAAGAACCGAGUGAAGGAGGAAACCUGAAGCUGCCUCGUUUCGAGGAAAAGGACGCAGAAAAAACGAAGAACGACGACACAGAACCGAUUUCACAGAGCGACUCGUCAAAAACGCCGGACGAUGUUUCACAAGCUGCAUCAGGAGGCUCUGCGGACUCCAGUCAGACCGAGCAGGUCCAGGACAUUCACAGGACCGGAGCCAAGUGUGUCCCGGGCGGCCCGGUGGACCCUCUGCACCCAGGGGUGGGGUACCACAGCACCGGUGUGCUCCGUGUGAAACCGGGCCGAGGAGAGCCAACGCUGUCCCUGUCCUGCAGCGACAAACUGGCUCGCUGGGGAGUGGUGGGCUUUCAGGGUGCUCUGCUGGCCCUUUACCUGGAGGAGGCCCUCUAUUUCAGCACCGUGGUGGUGGGCAAGUGUCAGUACAGCCAGGAGGUGAUGCACCGAGCUUUGAUCAGCAGGUGCUCUCAUGUAUCAGACCUCCCUGCUGGUUUCUCUGUAUGUUCACCAGAACUGCUUCAGUCCAGCCUGGAGUUUCCCUUUAGCCAGARCCAGAUCAACCUUCAACACCGAGCCAGUCAAGGACGUGUCUCUGCCUGUGGAGCAGCCAUAAGCUGGUGUAAUGUUGCAGAACAGCCACUAGAUGUCACUGCUAACGGGUACAAACAUGGAGUCACCAAGAAGGUUAUGGGAACACCUAAAUCCAGAUCUCUUCUGUGUAAACUGGAGCUUUUUCAUUCAUUUCUGUCUCUGGUGGCGAAAACUGAGCCUUUAUGUCUCCCUGACUCUCUCAGGUCGGCGCAGCUGCAGACCUACUGGGACUACAAGCAGGCGUCCCGGGGGUACCAGCAGGCCUGGCAGCAGCUGCGCAGUCAGGCCUUCCCUCUGUGGCGUCGCAGCGACAGAAAGCUGCUCAACUUUCACUGAAAGCUGACUCCGCAGCAGGAAUGUCCUUGUCUGGCUCCGUGAAACGCCGUCUUUGUUGCAACACAAACCUGGAGGUCGGCAGGUGAAAAUAGCCACCAGCCAGCAGGUAUCGUCUUUCCCACAGAUGGAGAGGCAGGAAAAGUCUCUCUUCAGAAGAGACAUUCUGGUGUUKAAUAAAAUGCUAAAUGUGAUUCCUUCAUGUCUGUUGGCUCAGCUGCUCCGUGCUUCAGGAUGUUUCAGCUUCCCACAGCGGGAGUCUCUGCUCUGAGACCCCGAGGACCGCUCCUCAUCGUCGGCGCGUCGUGGCGUUAUUUUUACAUCUCACGCUGAGUGCAGCUGCCUGCACAAACUGAACAGUUCAACCUUUAAUAACCUGCAAACCUGACGAGUGAGUUUCCAUUUUUUGUUGGAAGGAAUGUGUUCAAUAUUCUCAUUUAUUAAGAGAAAGAAGGAACAGUUGAGCCCUUCAUUGGAAACCACUCAUUAGUCAUUAGAGAACUCAUUGUGUUUUUGCUUCGACUCAUCAGAUUCCCCAUAAUUUAACCUGCUAACAGUCAGCAGCACGCUGCAGCUUACCACCAGGAUGAGCAGAGAUUUGUUUUAGUUGUUAAUGUAGACGUGUUUCGACUUGUGUGUAGACUGCUUCCAUUUGUGAUAAACACUGAAGGAACAAUGAGCCCCAAACAAUGACUGAGACAAAAAGUGCAUCGAAGGGAAAAAUCGAUGUAUUUUCUUGUACAAAAGGAAUUUUAAUGCUGGAAUAAAUGCMUUCAUUCUGAUUAAAAUCUUGAUUUUGCUGAC